AUGCAUUUUUACACGCUCUUUGUGCUGUUCCAGCUACUCUUAGCUGCAAGUGGAAUAUCUGCAGCUGCUAUUGUACCGCGUAAAAUACCAGCAUCUUCGCUUUCACCAACACUAGCCAGGCAGGAACAGAACCAUACAUUGUAUAGGCUUUGUUUCGACAAUACAUUUUACGCAUUCGCAGAGCAGGCACCAAGUGGGAUCUGGAUUGUGGGAGUAACUUAUAAAGACACAGCUACACUGGUUUAUUUUACUGGUGUAGGUGAAAUAAAAUUUCUCACUCAACCUGAGAGAUAUAUGAAUUUUGACAAUGACACUAUGACUACUGGCAUCCGAUUUGUUACACUUACAACGACUCCUGGCAUAACGGGCCUAUUUCGCGAUAAUCAAACUGGUGAAGUGCACUGGUUGGGUGCAUCUCAAAAACAGACAGGAUGGAUUCUUUGUUACAUGUGGGAUGAAGAAUGGCAUCUGUUCUUCGAUGAUUCUAAAUGGCUUUCACCUCCUUCAGAUUGUUUCUCAACCAUCAUGACAGCAGAACCAGUGAUUGGGAUUCAAGGUUUAGCCAAGCCAUAG